UUUUAUAUUCACGAAACUUCAUCAUCUUCACUCGCUAACUCAUGCAGAUAUGAAAAUCAUAAUCCCCAGACUACCCCUUCUCCUUUCCUUAUUCUUUUUUCUCUUCAUUCUCUUCUUCUUCUUCUCUUCUUCCUCCUUCCACCGGAAAACCAUCUUUCAAAAUGCAGAAACGACGCCCUCCGGCGACCUCCGUAUCAGAAAAGGUUACACCUCCUACGACGCUUAUAUUCACCAUCAGCUAAAAAAAAGUUUAAACCCGAAACUCAGAAAAAUAUGGACCACGCGAGAUUGGGACCGCAAGGUGCGCGUGUUCGCCAUUUUCUUCCAGAGCCUAAAGCAAAGGGGGCUCUUGUUUAACGAGUCGAAGGCGUUGUCAAUCGGGGCUCGGGUCGGGCAGGAGGUGGCGGGGUUGAGGAAGGUCGGGGUGGCUGACUCGGUGGGAAUGGACCUGGUGCCGUGCCCGCCGCUGGUGGUGGAGGGUGACUUCCACGCGCAGCCGUUUAAGGAUGAGAGCUUCGACUUCGAAUUCUCGAACGUGUUCGACCACGCGCUUUACCCGGAAAAGUUCGUUAGGGAGGUUGAGCGGACGUUGAAGGGCGGAGGAAUCUGCGUGCUACACGUGGCGUUGUCGCGGCGGUCGGAUAAGUAUUCCGCGAAUGAUUUGUACAGCGUGAGGCCGUUGGUGGAGAUGUUUAAAGAGUCGGAGUUGAUGGAGGUGAAGAAGGUUGACGGGUUUGGACUUGACACUGAGGUCGUUUUCAGGAAGAAGAUGAAGAAGAUGAUGAAGAUGACGAUCAUGGAAGAAACAAAUUAAAGGCUAUAAUUUUUUAUUUUUUAUUUUUUACUUUUUAAAAUUUGGUUAAAAUCAUUUAUUGAUUUGUUUAGUUAAUUGUUGAUGAAACCACGUAAAUUAAUUUGAUAAUUACGGGGCA